AUGCGGGAAAAGUCACUUGGCGAAGAGUUGGCCAUGUCCGCUAGAUACGGCGUGAUAGCAUUCGACCAUUAUGCUUUGGAGAACUGGAACUAUGAUUUGCCGCGAGAGCAAGACGGAGCGCAGUGGCGUCGACUUGUGAUGGAGUACCUCGAUCUCUCACACAGAACUCGCAAGCCGUACCAUGGCAAGGCAGCAGUCGUCUUAACAGGCGACUUGACAGGCGGCAUAGAUGAGGGCAUCCGGUCGCGUCUGACACAAGCCAACAUUGACCGUGUGCUCAAGCCUUUCCAGACUAUACGGGAGAGAAAUUUGUCGCGGUUCGGUAGCCCUGCGAAUCCAAUCUGGGUCGCAGCAUGCUACGAGGAAUCUCUUCACCAAGAGUAUUGCGAUCUGGAACGACGGUCUGAAGUAGGCGGCGCCGCUGUCGAGACGGAGAUGGUAUUGAGCGAUCCCGACGUAUACAACAUCAACGGCGACAUUAAUGCGCUUGCAGAACGGAUAGUUGAGCGCCUUCCUGCCUUGUUCGACGGCUAUGCCGCGCUUCGCAGAGGCAUUGGUCAAGACUUGGUCUCGCUCUCCAAACGCAUGGAGGCGCUGGUGUACGUUGCAGACGUGGAGAGCGUCCGCGGCGGAUUUGUCAAGGUUUUGUGGUUUGAUCACCAUGGCAAGCUCUUGCUGGCCAGCAGGCUGGAGCCGGAAGAGCUCGAGGGGAUGACGGGCAUGUGGUCCGAUGGAUAUAGCAUGCGCGAUGCCGCGGAUGAGGGGAGACUGAUUGCACUGUUAAAGGACCCGCCAAAGGAUAAGCCUGCUAAAGAAGGUUCUGAUGCCGAGUGGGAGACGGAAUCCGAGUAUGGCUCAGCCUGCUAG